GGAAGAACCAGAAUUGGCAUCCAGAGCUUUCCCAUCCUCAGCUUAUUGCAAGGAAAAUAAUAAUAAUUUUCAACUCGAAAAAUUAUGCGAUGAAGAACAAGAACUAUCAAGCGGAUGAUUCGCAACAUCCUCUGGGAUGUAUUUUCUGUGUGUUUUGUUUUGAGGGCUGUUUGUUAACCUCCCUAAUUGCCUUGGUUGACAUUGAAACCCUGCCUGUUUUUCUUUAUCCCGCCGCUGACUGGGUCCUGAGCGUCCUAGGAGAUGGAGGCAGAGACAAAGAAAAUCAGUCCACAAUUAAGAAUGGAAUGAGACCCCAUGCCCGCCUGUGCGCUGGCCGGAGUUGCCAGCGUGCCGAGCGGAUUCAGCGCCUUUCUCAGGGCCUCAAAGAUCCCAGCGCGCUAGGAGGGUGGUUUGUGGCUCCCUGCAGUCCCCACGCCCCGGAUCCAAACGACAGAGUUCGGGGACUCACAGGGGCAGCAAGGCGGCAGAGCCGCGGAGCCCGUGCAACUUCUCCGGCGGGACCGCGCCCAAUCUUCCCCGCCGCAGUCGGGGAGCCCCGGGGGCCGCCGAGCGCAGGCUGCGGACCGCGGCGGGCACGUGGGCUCGGCUGCAGCGCUGCGCCAGGCACCGGCUGCUCGGCUCGGCCCAACCUCUCCGCUCCCGCCUCGGCCCCUGCCUCUGGGGAGAGGGUUCCUCCCCCCUUCCACUUUGCACCAGUCCGAGGGAAUUUGCGGUCGGUGACGCGCAUCCUUAAGAGAGCCACCUGCAGCGCGGGGCGCGCCGCUCCAGGCGGCAUCGCAGGGCUGGGCCGGCGCGGCCUGGGGACCCCGGGCUCCGGAGGCCAUGCCGGCGUUGGCGCGCGGCGGCGGCCGGCUGCCGCUGCUCGUUGUUUUUUCUGCAGUGAUAUUUGGGACUAUUACAAAUCAAGAUCUGCCUGUGAUCAAGUGUGUUUUAAUCAAUCAUAAGAACAAUGAUUCAUCAGUGGGGAAGUCAUCAUCAUAUCCCAUGGUGUCAGAAUCCCCAGCAGACCUCGGGUGUGCGUUGAGACCCCAGAGCGCAGGGACAGUGUACGAAGCUGCCGCUGUGGAAGUGGAUGUAUCUGCUUCCAUCACACUGCAAGUGCUGGUCGACGCCCCAGGGAACAUUUCCUGUCUCUGGGUCUUUAAGCACAGCUCCCUGAAUUGCCAGCCACAUUUUGAUUUACAAAACAGAGGAGUCGUUUCCAUGAUCAUUUUGAAAAUGACAGAAACCCAAGCUGGAGAAUACCUACUUUUUAUUCAGAGUGAAGCUACCAAUUACACAAUAUUGUUUACAGUGAGUAUAAGAAAUACCCUGCUUUACACAUUAAGAAGACCUUACUUUAGAAAAAUGGAAAACCAGGACGCCCUGGUCUGCAUAUCUGAGAGCGUUCCAGAGCCGAUCGUGGAAUGGGUGCUUUGCGAUUCACAGGGGGAAAGCUGUAAAGAAGAAAGUCCAGCUGUUGUUAAAAAGGAGGAAAAAGUGCUUCGUGAGUUAUUUGGGACAGACAUAAGGUGUUGUGCCAGAAAUGAACUGGGCAGGGAAUGCACCAGGCUGUUCACAAUAGAUCUAAAUCAAACUCCUCAGACCACAUUGCCACAAUUAUUUCUUAAAGUAGGAGAACCCUUAUGGAUAAGGUGCAAAGCUGUUCAUGUGAACCAUGGAUUUGGGCUCACCUGGGAAUUAGAAAACAAAGCACUCGAGGAGGGCAACUACUUUGAGAUGAGUACCUAUUCAACAAACAGAACUAUGAUACGGAUUCUGUUUGCUUUUGUAUCAUCAGUGGCAAGAAACGACACCGGAUACUACACUUGUUCCUCUUCAAAGCAUCCCAGUCAAUCAGCUUUGGUUACCAUCGUAGAAAAGGGAUUUAUAAAUGCUACCAAUUCAAGUGAAGAUUAUGAAAUUGACCAAUAUGAAGAGUUUUGUUUUUCUGUCAGGUUUAAAGCCUACCCACAAAUCAGAUGUACGUGGACCUUCUCUCGAAAAUCAUUUCCUUGUGAGCAAAAGGGUCUCGAUGACGGAUACAGCAUAUCCAAGUUUUGCAAUCAUAAGCACCAGCCAGGAGAAUAUAUAUUCCAUGCAGAAAAUGAUGAUGCCCAAUUUACCAAAAUGUUCACGCUGAAUAUAAGAAGGAAACCUCAAGUGCUCGCAGAAGCAUCAGCAAGUCAGGCGUCCUGUUCCUCGGAUGGAUACCCGUUACCAUCUUGGACCUGGAAGAAGUGUUCAGACAAGUCUCCCAACUGCACCGAAGAGAUCACAGAAGGAGUCUGGAAUAGAAAGGCUAACAGAAAAGUGUUUGGACAGUGGGUGUCGAGCAGUACUCUAAACAUGAGUGAAGCCAUGAAAGGGUUCCUGGUCAAGUGCUGUGCAUACAAUUCCCUUGGCACAUCUUGUGAGACGAUCCUUUUAAACUCUCCAGGCCCCUUCCCUUUCAUCCAAGACAACAUCUCAUUCUAUGCAACAAUUGGUGUUUGUCUCCUCUUCAUUGUCGUUUUAACCCUGCUAAUUUGUCACAAGUACAAAAAGCAAUUUAGGUAUGAAAGCCAGCUACAGAUGGUACAGGUGACCGGCUCCUCAGAUAAUGAGUACUUCUACGUUGAUUUCAGAGAAUAUGAAUAUGAUCUCAAAUGGGAGUUUCCAAGAGAAAAUUUAGAGUUUGGGAAGGUACUAGGAUCAGGUGCUUUUGGAAAAGUGAUGAACGCAACAGCUUAUGGAAUUAGCAAAACAGGAGUCUCAAUCCAGGUUGCCGUCAAAAUGCUGAAAGAAAAAGCAGACACCUCUGAAAGAGAGGCACUCAUGUCAGAACUCAAGAUGAUGACCCAGCUGGGAAGCCAUGAGAAUAUUGUGAAUCUGCUGGGGGCGUGCACACUGUCAGGACCAAUUUACUUGAUUUUUGAAUACUGUUGCUAUGGUGAUCUUCUCAACUAUCUAAGAAGUAAAAGAGAAAAAUUUCACAGGACUUGGACAGAGAUUUUCAAGGAACACAAUUUCAGUUUUUACCCCACUUUCCAAUCACAUCCAAAUUCCAGCAUGCCUGGCUCAAGAGAAGUUCAGAUACACCCGGACUCGAAUCAAAUCUCAGGGCUUCAUGGGAAUUCAUUUCACUCUGAAGAUGAAAUUGAAUAUGAAAACCAAAAAAGGCUGGAAGAAGAGGAGGACUUGAAUGUGCUUACAUUUGAAGAUCUUCUUUGCUUUGCAUAUCAAGUUGCCAAAGGAAUGGAAUUUCUGGAAUUUAAGUCGUGUGUUCACAGAGACCUGGCCGCCAGGAACGUGCUUGUCACCCACGGGAAAGUGGUGAAGAUAUGUGACUUUGGAUUGGCUCGAGAUAUCAUGAGUGAUUCCAACUAUGUUGUCAGGGGCAAUGCCCGUCUGCCCGUAAAAUGGAUGGCCCCUGAAAGCCUGUUUGAAGGCAUCUACACCAUUAAGAGUGAUGUCUGGUCAUACGGAAUAUUGCUGUGGGAAAUCUUCUCACUUGGUGUGAAUCCUUACCCUGGCAUUCCAGUUGAUGCUAACUUCUACAAACUGAUUCGAAAUGGAUUUAAAAUGGAUCAGCCAUUUUAUGCUACAGAAGAAAUAUACAUUAUAAUGCAAUCCUGCUGGGCUUUUGACUCAAGGAAACGGCCAUCCUUCCCUAAUUUGACUUCAUUUUUAGGAUGUCAGCUGGCAGAUGCAGAAGAAGCGAUGUAUCAGAAUGUGGAUGGUCAUGUUUCGGAACGUCCUCACACCUACCAGAACAGGCCACCUUUCGGCAGAGAGACGGAUUCGGGGCCACUGUCUCUGCAGGCUCAGGUCGAAGAUUCAUAGAGGAACAAUUUAGUUUUAAGGACUUCAUCCCUCCACCUAUCCCUAACAGGCUGUAGAUUACCAAAACAAGAUUAAUUUCAUCACUAAAAGAAAAUCUAUUAUCAACUGCUGCUUCGCCAGACUUUUCUCUAGAAGCUGUCUGCGUUUACUCUUGUUUUCAAAGGGACUUUUGUAAAAUCAAAUCAUCCUGUCACAAGGCAGGAGGAGCUGAUAAUGAACUUUAUUGGAGCGUCGAUCUGCAUCCAAGGCCUUCUCAGGCUGGCUUGAGUGAAUUGUGCACCUCAAGUAUGGUAUAUUCUUGUAAAUACAUAAAACAAAAGCAUUUUGCUAAGGAGAAGCUAAUAUGAUUUUUUAAAAUCUAUGUUAUAAAAUAAUAUGUAAGUUUUUCAGCUCUUUAGUGAUAUAUUUUAUGGAUGGGAAUAAAAUUUCUACUACAGAA